GGAUCCUUACUUUUGGAUGGGGCGGUCAUGCUGCAAUCAAAACAAACGCAAGCAUACACAGGGCCUUCCUUGUGAGUGUGGACGUGCAUUGAUUGCGCCAGUGUGUCACCCACUGUCCUGCUACGCGUUUUCAACAACCGACACUAUAAGUUAAAAAGGAUAAUUUACAUGUAUGUCUUAAAACGGCUUUUAUAAAACGUCUGGAAACCAUGCUUGGGUUUCGUCGAACAAUCCUUGUGAUAUUUGUCUACUGUGUUUUAGCGUGUUGCGCUGUGAAAGAUGUAUUUACGGGUUAUGACAGGGAGAGAGUGGUGUGCCCACUGAAAAGUCUGGCAUGGGGGCCUGGACUAGAAGCCAACUUUGACGUUCCGGCUCGGUUCUUUUUUAUCCAAGCAGUUGACUUCCAAAACAAUAGCUUCACAUACUCCCCUGGACCCAAUGCUUUCCAAGUCGCAAUCAAACCUUCUACUGGAAGAGGUCGGAUCUGGACCCAAGUACUGGAUAGGAACGAUGGAACUUUCCUUGUCCGUUAUCGUCUCUUUCAAACAUAUCCUCAGAUGAGAAUUGAAGUCAUGAGUGGAGACCGACAUGUUGGCGCCUCACCUUUUAUAAUUACAGAGCCAAUGUAUGACGAGAAGUGUAACUGUCCAGUUCAAGAUCCAGAGCAAUGGAAACAGAAUAUGCACUGUGCUUCAGAAAUACAUCCACAGAUUCUGCAAGAUCUCUCUGUGUUUCCAUCCAUUGAUCUGGAUCGGCUAGCGACUGAAGCCGUUAAUAGAUUUGAGAAACACCACAGCAUGUGUCACUAUAGUAUUAUUGAUAACAAAAUUUAUAGAAAAACACAUGGACAACAUGUUGGUUUUAAGAUGUUCUCGGAUGCAUUUCUUCUCUCCAUGGCUCGGAAGGUGCGACUCCCAGAUGUGGAAUUUUUCAUUAACCUCGGGGAUUGGCCUCUAGAGAAGAAGUCAGCCAAUGACAGCCCUCUACCAAUCCUAUCCUGGUGUGGUUCCGAUGAUACCAGGGAUAUCGUCAUGCCAACGUAUGACAUCACAGAGUCAACCUUGGAAACCCUAGGCAGGGUUUCUCUAGACAUGUUGUCUGUCCAGGCCAACACUGGUCCUAAAUGGAUCAACAAGACAACUAAGGCAUUCUGGAGAGGUAGAGAUAGUCGUAGAGAGAGAUUAAAUCUGGUUAAGUUAUCUCGUAGUCAGCCGGAUCUUAUUGAUGCAGCGCUCACAAACUUCUUCUUCUUCAGGAACGAAGAGGAGGAAUAUGGACCUAAAGUCAAACAUAUUUCAUUCUUUGACUUUUUCAAGUACAAAUACCAGAUAAACAUAGAUGGUACUGUCGCAGCCUACCGUCUUCCAUACCUACUGAGUGGUGAUAGCGCUGUCUUGAAGCAUGACUCGGUCUACUAUGAACAUUUCUACAAGCAGAUACAACCUUGGGUUCAUUACAUUCCUUUCAAGAAGGAUUUAAGUGAUAUCGUAGAGAAGAUUAAAUGGGCACAAACACAUGAUGAAGAGGCCCAGCAAAUAGCUAAAAAUGCCCAGCAGUUUGCCCGAGAUAAUCUACUGUCCAAUAAUAUCUUCUGUUACUACUACCAACUUCUUAAGGAAUACUCUUCCAGACAGGUUGGUUCACCAAAGAUUCGAGAAGGAAUGGAACUAGUUGAGCACCCUGCUGAAGAUGCACAUUGUCAAUGCAGUAGAACGGUACAAGCACACGAAGAACUCUGAAACAAACAACUUCAACUCAAGCUCUCACUUUUAUAAUAAUGUACAUAAUAAUGUGUAUAACAAGUAACAUUUAACCCAUAAGUAUUACUAAAACAGUGUAUAGGUGUUGUAGAAAUGUAUUACAGAUAUUGACACACAUGGUAACCCUAUCUGGCUGGGCUGUCUUUUCAACUCGUUAAAUAAGGAGACAUUUAUAACAUAAAUAUUAUACAGGUGCAACUAGAGUUGGAUUUUCUUUUCUAAUUUCCCAAUGGUUAAUAAGUUUCUUUAUUUUUAAGUUGUGGACAAUAAAUUGUUAAAUUCUAUCUCCACAAAUAGAAUGAGGUUUUAAAACCAAGCGACUAAGAACAGAAGACUAUUCCUGAUUCUCAGAAUCCAAACGAUAAUAAUUACAACUCAUUACUUUCACAAGUGCUGCAUAUAAAAUGAAAAAAAAACCGGAUUUGUAAGUAAGAAUGCUGAGAGAUUUAUACACCUGAAAGUUUUGGAAAUCACAUUUUAAAGCCUCACAAGUCAGUCUUAUUUGUAUUGUUUCAACACUCGGGUAAAGUAUACUUUUGGAACUGCUUGAUUGAUUAAAUCCUAUAUGAAUGUAGAUAUAAAUACAUUACAACUAAGUUGUGAAAAUUUCAAUUUACAAAGUGUUUGCAUUUUGGGUAUAUCACUAAAACCUGGAGCAGUUAGUCCAUGCAGGAAGAAACAUCCGUAAUUUGAAUACACAGUCUGAGGAACGUUUCUGCAUGAAACAUUUUUCUGACUUGUUUAAUUUCUUCUCUAAAACCACAUUAUUUAGAAAGGAAUCAUUUCUUAAAAGUGAAUACAUAAUGAACAGCAGCAACUCCAUGUAGUUUUUUUUAAACAGUAUCACUGACUUUGAUGGGAUUUUCACAGGUUGUAUGUAUGGUGGUGUUUCUAGAAAACUAGAAGAUAGAAAAGGAAUCAAUUUGUUUAUUGUUGUUCCUUGAAACAUGAAUGAAAAGCAAAGUGACUUGGAUAUAAAGACAUCUCAUAGAAAGGUCAAAGGUCAUCAGAAACAGGGUCAUGAAGGUUUUUUAGUCCCCAGUUAUAGCAGUAAAGGAAAUUAUGACACUCAAGGCAGAUUUUAAUAAAAUACCUUUAUUUUUAUGUCUUGGGUAUUUGACACUCUUACAACAGUAUUCUUAUUUUAAUUUUGGAAAAAAAACUUCACAAAGAAUUUUUAUUACCAUUCACGAUGCACUCAUUUUUAGACAACUUUUUUAUAUUCCAUUUAUGCUGACAUCUCCACAAAAUAAUAUUUUUGUCAUUAAACAUUUUAUUUUUGGACUUUUAUGAUUACCACUAUAUGUAUUUUGCAAAAUAUUUAUUAUGUUAGGUUUUACUACACAUCUCAUGAUUAUAGCUAGCAUACAUGGUCUGGUCUUUCACUGAUAGUGGACCAAAGGGAAGAUAGUACAAAGAAGAGAAUUAUAAUAAAAACAAUUCAUUUAUUUUCUUUUGGAAAUGGUUUUGUAGAAAUAAAUCGCUACCAAAUGGAAGUUUGGUUUCAAAGAUGACUCUAUAUUUUUCCAUCUGUGUCUGUAUGGCAAAUCAACUCAUUUAUUCAGUUUGACACGUACAAAACAACUUUUUUGCUCAAAAUUGUGCACAUUCAAAUGUAAAAUUAGGUCUUGAAAGAACUUUUGUUAUGCCUGUCGGAUCCCAGAACAAAGGUAGCCUGGCUGUCACAGGUUGUACACUAAUUAAGUUUCUUUGGCAAAACUAAUAAACAUCAAUGUUACUGAAAAUUGAAAACUUGAAAUUCACAAACAGUUGUUAUAUUUGGGUGGGUAAAAGUUUGAAAUGUAUAUGCAGUGGGGACACGUUUGCACAUAAGUGAAAAAAUUAACAAGACUUUUUUUAUGAAAAACUUUCCUAUACAUAUAUGAAAAAGAAGCAAACUAAGUGUUUCUUUGUAAAGAAAACUGAAAAGAUGGUAAUGCAGGUAAUUAAAGGCAAGCAAAACAAAGUUUGGUUCCACUAAACCAAAUCGUAAAUAUUUUCAUUUUAUUUUAGCUGCUGGUCAUUUUGUCCAUGUACUUACUGAUAGUUUUAUACUGGCAAAGUUUUGUUAAGUCUUUAAAAUAAAACAUUGAUUGGCAUGUCAUUAUCAUGUCUUAAAUAUUAUGUUAAUACAUAAAAUGACUUAAUAAGUUACUAUUUUUAUUGUUGACAACUUGGUUUACAGUUUGCUUUACACUAACAUUAUUUUUGUAAACAGUUUUUUUUAAAAACUUAAUUCUAUCACACCUUGAAUCUUUAGGUUACAUUCUGUACUUAAAAAUUGUGUUAUCAUUUCAGGUUUAGAAACUAGGCUCAGACUCAUAUAGUAGUAAUAAUAUGAAGAGAAUAGAUAGAAACGACUUGUAAUAAACACUACUUAUUGGUUUGAAAUAAUAUUAUGCCAAGGAUUAUGGAGAUGGAUUCCUUAGGAAGUAAAUUCUGUUCAUUAUUAAUAUUCUGUUAAUUUUUCUGGUGCUGAAUUAAUAAAUGAAGUUAAGUUUAACAAAAUUA